GGAUGACGCAGAGAAAUGGGAUGGUGACGUUGGUGAGGUGGCGGCCGCGGUGCCCUUGACAGUUCGAAGAGGCUGAGGGUCCGGUGGCGAUACCGGUCCGCUCGGGGCUGCUCGCCUCGCGCUCUCUGGGCGCGGAAACGUCACGAGGUCACCCACCAUCCGGAUCUUAUGGAGGCCAUUUGGAUUCUCAAGAAGACUUCUCAAAGUGGAAAGCUGUAGAAUAACUGAAUCAGAAUCAUUGAUUCCACUAGCUUGGGCAUCACUGAUACAGAAGCUUAGCAGAACACCUGGUAUUUUCUUGUUGGAUCAAAGAAAAAGAUUCUCAACCAUGCCUGAAAUAGAAACAAAUCAGAGAGACUCUGAAUUGUUUUCACCACCCUCUGAUGUUCGAGGAAUGACAGAACUUGAUAGAACAGCUUUUAAAAAGACAAUCACCAUCCCGGUGCUUAAAGUGAGGAAAGAAAUAGUCAAUAAAUUGAUGCGAUCCCUUAAAAGGGCAGCACUGCAGCGCCCAGGCAUAAAACGUGUGAUUGAAGAUCCAGAAGAUGAAGAAAGUAGACUAAUUAUGUUGGAUCCUUAUAAAAUGUUUACUGAUGAUUCCUUUGAGAAAGGAGAACUCAGUAUUUUAAAGCAGCUGAAUGUCAAUCCACAGAUAUCUAAAUAUAACUUGGAACUAACUUAUGAAAACUUUAAGUCAGAAGAAAUCUUGAAAGCUGUGCUUCCUGAAGGUCAGGAUGUGACUUCAGGGUUUAGCAGAGUUGGACAUAUUGCCCACCUGAACCUUCGAGAUCAUCAACUACCUUACAAGCAUUUAAUUGGCCAAGUUAUGAUUGACAAAAAUCCAGGAAUCACCUCAGCGGUAAAUAAAAUUAAUAACAUUGAUAAUACCUACCGAAAUUUCCAAAUGGAAGUGCUAUCUGGAGAGGAGAAUAUGAUGACCAAGGUUCGAGAAAACAACUACACUUAUGAAUUUGAUUUUUCAAAAGUCUAUUGGAAUCCUCGUCUCUCCACAGAACACAGCCGUAUCACAGAACUUCUCAAACCUGGGGAUGUCCUAUUUGAUGUUUUUGCUGGGGUUGGGCCCUUUGCCAUUCCAGUAGCAAAGAAAAACUGCACUGUAUUUGCUAAUGAUCUCAAUCCUGAAUCCCAUAAAUGGUUACUACACAAUUGUAAAUUAAAUAAAGUGGACCAAAAGGUGAAAGUCUUUAACUUGGAUGGGAAAGACUUCCUCCAAGGACCAGUCAGAGAAGAAUUAAUGCAGCAGCUGGGACCACUGUCAAAAGAAAGAAAACACUCUGUGCACAUUGUCAUGAACUUGCCAGCAAAGGCUAUUGAGUUUCUCAGUGCUUUCAAAUCACUCUUAGAUGGACAGCCAUGCGGCAGUGAGCUUUUUCCCAUCGUGCACUGUUACAGCUUUUCCAAAGAUGCUAAUCCUGCUAAGGAUGUUCAGCAACGAGCUGGAACUGUGUUAGGCAUCUCCUUGGAGGCAUGCAGUUCAGUUCACCUAGUAAGAAAUGUGGCCCCUAACAAGGAAAUGUUAUGCAUCACUUUUCGGAUUCCUGCUGCUAUACUUUACAAGAACCAGACCCUAAAUGGAGACAAUCAUGAAGAUCCACCUAUUAAACGCCAGAGGACAGAUAAAGACUUUUAGGAAGAAAAAACACAAAUUGCUUCAAUCACUUAAUUGGAAAUAUUUUCUCCAGCUCCCCACUAGACCUUUAUGUAGUGAAAUAUCAUUUGUAUGAUUUUAGCAUUCAGUUACUUUAGUAUUGAACCCUUAUAUUUUGCCCUAGCUGUCUUAUAAAUUGGGGAUUAUCAAAUUAAAAUUAAAAUUAAAAUUUAAAAUUUAAAUAAGCCUACUAAAUACAUUUUUAUCUGUUAUAAUUAUAAUAUAUAUAUAUAUAUAUAUAAUUAUAAUUUUAUCAUCAAAUAUAUCUAAUAUUUUAUUAGAUAAAUAUGUUUAAAUAUUGUCUUUCUCUUGGGAAAAUAGUUUUUGAAGGUAGGAUAAUUGCGUGCUAACUAGGAAAGAACUAAUCAUUUUACAGUUAUCCUUAGUUGAAGAGUGUAGCUAAGCUUUAUAUAAGUACUCCUACACUAUUACUAUAAAAGUACUAACAAAUGAGAUUAUUUAGAUCAGAGAUAGGCAGACUAUGUCCAGCAGGCCAAAUCUGGUCCACCACCUGUUGUUGUAUGGCAAGUGACCUGAGAAUGGUUCUUACAUUUUUAAAUGGUUGAAAAAGAAUCAAAAGAAUAAUAUUUUGUGACAUGAAAAUUAUAUGAAAUUUGAAUUUCAGUGUCCAUAAAUAAAGUUUUAUUAGAACA